AUGCGCCUUCAUCGGACCCGUCUUCCCACCUUUGUGCUUGUUGCCCUCCUCGCGGCCUGUCAAGCUCUGCCGCUCAUCGAACACGACAGCUCUCCUAAACUCUUGCUGCCGAGAGCGACAUACUCGGUAGUCCCGAUCAACGGAGGGUCGGGUUCGGAACAUGGCCCUGGGGUUCCGGUUGUGACCAAGACUGUGGUGCAAACCGCUCACCAACCGUCCACUCACUCAUCCACUGACUCACCCACAACCGCCCUCACGAGAACGGUUUCGGUGGUGCCUAUUCAACCUCAACCCACUCUGACUUUGACCUCCACCACCGUCGUCCACGUCGUGCCCCCUACAACGACAACGACCACGACCACGGCAGCUUCAACAUCCCCAUCCUCCUCAUCGUCUUUUGCGGUCACGAUCUCCUCUCGGACCACCUCGGUGACCCCUUCUUCAACAUCCAAGAUAUCGAGCCCUACUGUCACGUCGACCGUUUCUCUCUCUCCCCCAGCGUCUUAUACAUCAAAGUCCGUGUCUAGCUUCAGCACAAGACCCUCGCCGAGUACCACGUCAACAGAGUCCUCCAUAUCGAUCACGGUCACGGUACCCACCACCACCGUUUCUAUCCCGCUUCCUACGACCUUCACCAGCAGCAGCUCUAGCGUCUCAUACGACGAUGGAAUGUGGCACACGACAUAUCCACCCUGGAAUGGCACGACGACUACCUGA